CAGGGGCAGAGUGUUUUGUAUUGUACUGUAUGACAGCCGACGCACAGAGGCGGUGAGUUUCUGAACGCAGAAACCACAGACGGCUGCUCAUCCACAACAAAUCCAAUUCCGUCAAACGCCCUUCUAAUUCUUACCCCUUCUCUUACAGGGGGUUGAGCAUGUCGACUCCGGCGAGGAAGAGAUUGAUGAGGGAUUUCAAGAGGUUACAACAGGAUCCUCCUGCUGGGAUUAGUGGGGCGCCUUUUGAUAAUAAUAUUAUGCUUUGGAAUGCUGUUAUCUUUGGUCCCGAUGAUACUCCUUGGGACGGAGGUACUUUCAAGUUGACACUUCAGUUUAUAGAGGAAUACCCAAAUAAGCCACCAACAGUGAGAUUUAUCUCCCGAAUGUUUCAUCCAAACAUUUAUGCAGAUGGAAGUAUUUGCUUGGAUAUUUUGCAAAAUCAGUGGAGUCCAAUAUAUGAUGUAGCUGCCAUACUUACAUCUAUCCAGUCGCUGCUGUGUGAUCCAAACCCAAACUCACCGGCCAAUUCUGAAGCAGCACGGUUGUUUAGUGAGAACAAGCGGGAUUACAACCGGAAAGUGCGUGAGAUUGUUGAGCAGAGCUGGACAGCAGAUUAAUCCUCUCUUCAUUGGGAUGUUGUGCUACAGGAGGUUUUCAACUGUUCUGCUGGAGCUGGAAUGCUAGAUCAAUACAUAACUCUUCCUCCUGGUAGGGUGUGUAUCCCUGGAAUGCCCUGUUUAUUUUGCUACAUCUAUAGCAAAUGUAGUAGCAAAAUUGUUCUUUCAAUCACAUUAUAUGUUCACUUGUAGGGACUUAAAGCUCUCAAUCUUGAUGUGUUUUGUUGUGUUGCUGCAUAUUGGAAUUCAUGUAAACAAUGACAUACUGUAUCAUAUUUUCAUGGAAUUGCAUGAAACCCUUUAAUUAUGUGAAAGUAUGCUUUCAAGGCAGGCUGCAAGCCUAGCUUUUUU